AUGACCUGGGGAAAUUGUACUGAAGCAACUGAGUUCAUUUUCUCAGGAUUCACAGAUCAUCCAGAGUUUCAGGUCACCUUCUUUGUGCUCUUCCUAGCAAUUUAUAUCAUCACCUUGGUUGGGAAUCUUGGGAUGAUAAUACUAUUCAGGAUUGACCCUCAGCUUCACAUUCCUAUGUACUUUUUACUCAGCAAUUUAGCUUUUGUAGAUAUUUUAUACUCCACGUGCAUUACUCCUAAACUGUUAUCUGACUUGAUAGCAGAGAGGAGAGCCAUAUCUUAUUCAGCCUGUGUGUCUCAGCUCUGUAUUGUCAGUAUCCUUCUGGUUAUGGAGUGUUUUCUCCUUGCUGUGAUGGCCUAUGACCGGUAUGCAGCCAUCUGUAACCCACUGCUCUAUACGGUCAUGUCCCCAAGACUCUGUGGCCAACUGGUGGCUGGGUCAUUCUUCACUGGCUGCAUGAAUGCAAUGAUACAAGCAGUUGGUAUGUUGAAAAUGUCUUUUUGUGGCCCCAUGGUCAUUGACCUGUUCUUCUGUGACAUCUCUUCUAUGAUUUUGCUCUCAUGCUCUGAUACCAGGAUUCAUCAUGUUAUACUUUUGUUUGUGACGUUUUUGUUUGGAGUGGUCAGCACCCUGAUUGUCCUCAUCUCCUACAUUUUUAUCAUCUCCACUAUCCUGAAGAUCCGAUCUGCUGAAGGAAAGUGCAAAGCCUUCUCCACCUGUGCCUCCCACCUGACAGCUGUCAUCAUAUUUUAUGGAACUGGACUAUUUAUAUAUUUACAGCCGAACACGAAAAAUUCACGGGAUCAGAACAAAGUGGUCUCUGUGUUCUACACAGUGGUGACCCCCAUGUUGAACACCCUGAUCUACAGUCUGAGGAACAAGGAGGUGAAGAAUGCUUUCAACAGGGUCAAAGAAAUGAUUUUUUUUUUCCCACAGGAAGGUAAUUUAGCAGCAGAGGGUUGUAGCUCCUGA